AUCCAGUUUUUAAACACAUCCAGGGAUGGUGACUCAACCACCUCCCUGGGGAGCCUAUUCCAGAGUUUAACAACCCUUUCUAUAGAGAAGGUUUACCUGAUAUCCAACCUAAACUUACCCUGGUGCAACUUGAGGCCAUUUCCCCUCAUCUUGUCACCUGUCACUGGUGAGAAGAGACCAACCCCGCUCUCACUGCAUUACCUUUGAAGAUCACAAUUUGAAGAGAGCAAUAAGGUCUCCUCUCCCCUCACCCUCCUUUUCCCCAGACUAAACAGCCUCAGUUCCUUUAGUUGCUCCUUUCAGGACAUAUUCUCCAACCCCUUCACAAGCUUUGUUGCCAUUCUUUGAAUGUUCACUCCUGUACUCAGACGGCAACUCUCAAAAACUUGAUAUCUGAUUUUUCUUUCCCCUUCAUCAACAGAGGCAUUAAAAUGAGAUUAAUUUCCAUAUCUUGUUUUUGCAUCCGGUUUUAUUCUCCUACUCCCCACUGGACCAAUUCAGUUAAACCCCAGGCUACACGAGUGCGGAGCUGGGACGGUGAGCGACCCUUCAGGGCGGCAGCACCCUCAGCCUCACGCCUCCUGCCAGCUCCUGCAGCGGGAAGGGAAAGUGAAAGGAUCUGGGACGUCGCUGUGCCUCUUCCUCGCGGCCUGACUGGCUUUAAGCCGCCCCGGGGCAGACUGUCCCCUCUCUCCCCUCUGCGUGCCUGAGGUGAGGGCGGCCGCCUCGAGCUUCGCCUCCUCCAGGGGGCUGGAGGCUCCGUGCCCCGAUCCGGCCUCGCUCCUCCUCCGGCCGCCCGCAGGUGAGGCCGGCCCCGGGGCGGUGCUGUUGCUGCCGCUGCCGCCCGCCCGCUCUCCUCGUCCCGUCCCGGCCUAGGGAAGCACCUGUGGUGCCCGCCGGCCCCACCGCCGCCGCCAGGCUUGACCCAAGGACAAUUUCAUCCCACAAGAAUCGGCCAGCAAGAUCUGCAUAGGCUUCUUCCUAAGGGGAAUCAUGUCUGAGAUUGACUACGAGAAGUUAGCCGAAAUAGAACUGCAGAAAGAUGAAGCAGAAGAUACACAGUCAGGACAAGAUAAAAUGUUUACGCCUCCACCACUUGAGGAUCCUGAGCUAGAUAUCAAUCAUCCCUACUAUGAUGUUGCAAGACAUGGCAUCAUCCAAUUAGCAGGUGAUGACAAUUCUGGAAGAAAGGUGAUUACCUUCAGUUGCUGCCGUAUGCCCCCCUCCCACCAGCUCAAUCACACCAGAUUGCUGGAGUACUUGAAGUAUACUCUGGAACAGUAUGUAGAGAAUGAUUAUACAGUUGUCUACUUUCACUACGGCCUGAAGAGUCUCAAUAAGCCAUCACUGAAAUGGUUACAAACUGCCUACAAAGAAUUCGACAGGAAGUAUAAGAAAAACCUGAAAGCACUCUAUGUUGUACAUCCAACCAACUUCAUAAAAAUUCUGUGGAAUAUUUUUAAACCUCUUAUAAGCCAUAAGUUUGGGAAAAAAGUCACCUACUUGAACCAUUUAAGCGACCUGAGAGAACAUCUCAAAUAUGACCAGCUUAAUAUUCCUCAAGAAGUCAUCCGACAUGAUGAAAAUCUUCGGGGGAAACACAAAGGAAAACUGCCACCUGUGGUCAAGGUUCCUCCACCAAGACCACCUCUACCUACCCAGCAAUUUGGAGUCAGCCUGCAAUAUAUCAAGGACAAAAAUAGCGGUGAACUAAUUCCCCCAGUAAUGAAGGAAACUGUGUCCUACCUAAAAAGAAAAGGACUACAAGUAGAGGGCCUCUUCAGAAGGUCAGCCAGCAUCCAGACUAUCAAAGAUGUUCAAAAGCUCUACAACCAGGGCAAGCCUGUAAAUUUUGAUGACUAUCAUGAUAUCCAUGUUCCUGCUGUUAUCCUAAAGACCUUCCUUAGGGAACUUCCUCAGCCAUUGCUAACCUUCGAAUGUUAUGAUCCUAUUGUUGGAAUUACCAGUGUGGAGAGCUGUUUACGAGUAACCAGAUGUAAACAAAUCAUUCAAGGACUUCCUGAACACAAUUAUGUUGUUCUGAAAUAUCUGAUAUGCUUUCUCCAUAUGGUUUCACAGGAGAGCAUAUAUAACAGAAUGACAGCAUCCAGCCUGGCCUGUGUCUUUGGCUUGAAUUUGAUCUGGCCAUCUAAAGGAACAGCUUCUCUGAGUGCUCUGGUGCCUCUGAAUCUCUUCACUGAACUACUAAUAGAUUUCUACAUGAAUAUAUUCAACUCCCGAACAGUGCCUGGUGAGAUCUUACCUUAAUGCUCCCAGAAAGGGAAGUGGAGUUUGGCUGUCUGAAGGAAAGGUCUGAGCAUCUCAACCGCCAGAGCAGUUCUUGCAAAAGACAUUUUCAAUUCUAUGCCUUUCCAAGUACCAAAGAUAGUGAGGGAAGUUCUCUAUUGCAUAUAUUCUCCUCUCAUAAGGGAACCAUGUACAGGUUAAAUAUGAUAGGUUAAAGUGAAACCCCUUAUUCAACUUCAGCAGUUCUGAUACAUUUUAAAAAAAACAACAACUGUGACUGUAGGUGAUGCUGUUAUUUGUGUAAAGAUCUGAACACCUCACUAUAUGACAUUAUUUACUGGGACCAUGCGGAACUAAGUUCUGGACCACUCCUGUCUGUACAGUUUUCUAUUAUUAAUAUUAUUAUUUGAAUACAAGUCUGUUAGAGAUUUCUGUAAUAAGUUAAUAAAGAUGGAAUUGAUUUUUAAGAUACCAAAAUUUCUAGAACUACUUUUCCCUAUAUUUAAAAGUGUCUUGUUUUAUGCAGGAGCACUCCUGAUGUUUGGGCUGCAUGCUUCUGCAGUUUAAGUUAAUAGAAAUUUGUUCUUCACAUUGAUUUCUCUACAAAGCAAUAACAACAGCAACUUGGGUAACAUACCUAAUGCCACUUGAAUGCCUUUAAAGUCUGUUCUUAGUCUCAAUGUGAAUAAUUAGCUAACAGAAAGGCAGUGUUUCCUUUCUAACUGUGCCAUUAAUAUUGCUUGUAUUUGAUGAACUCUAAAACACUACUCUUUCAUUGUUAAUUAGUGUAAUGAAGUUAUCAUUAUAUUUGCCUGCAAAACAAAAGCAAAUUAACCAAUGGUAUGAAAAAGGCAAACAGUAUUUUCCCUAAAGUUCAGAUCUUCCUACUUCUGUAUAGAAGUACAGAAUUAGUGGGACUUCAAUAAAACUAAUAAUCUCUGGAGAACGAUUUAGCCAUCCCCUGCUCUGCAAACACAAAACCUGUCUGUAUCCUGAAGGUUCUAGUUGCUAGCUGAGGGCUUGGCCAUCCUCUCAACAGUUAUGAGUUGCCUCCCUAUGUAGCAGAUGCAACAAGACCUUAUUGUGCUGGGUGAAGAUUAUUUGUUCUUGUCAGAACAAUUUAGGAAAAUUACCAAGCAUCCAGAAGGCUGUGGCAUGCUGGAUCUGCCAGGCCUUCUUUUGUUCAGUGGGUGUCAUCUAUAGCAUUAGACAAUUAUUAAAAAUAGAAAAAUACAGAGGCUUUGGAGCAAGACAAAUUAGGGUCAAAUUUCACAUCACAGUUGUAUAUUUUCCCAUGUCCUCAAGUGCUCUUA